AUGGAAACAAAUUUGUUUAUUGACAGCAACUUGAAUUGCUGGCCAGGUUGGAAAGAUUUAUGUGAUUUCAUGUAUUUGUUGGAAGGAAUUAGUCCAGUUUAUGUGCUUUACUCGAGCAGUCAAUCUCUUGCAGACAAUGCUAUCGAGUGUAACAUUUGUACAGACCUCAGCGUCACAUUCUAUUUUACAAGCACAAACAUUGUGGUAAAGUAUUAUGAUUUGUCACAAGCAGAGCUAAACAAGGGAGAAUCUCACUGUAAUUCAAUGCAGGAGAAAACCAAUGUUACAAAACAGUCUGCCAAUGACCAUCAAGCAUCUGAGAGUGAAUGGCUGAAGUUAGUAGCCAAGUCAAGAGCAUCUGACACUAUUGCCACACUGCAGAAGCAACUUGGUAGCAAGGACGAUUCUUCAUCCGUGGAUCAACUGCUCGUUGUGAAUGGAAAACAAUUACGUGAUGAGCAAACAUUGUCUGAUGCAGAAUUGAGUAAUGGAAUGACAUUGAGUUGCGUCUCGUGUCCACGGGCAGUGACGAGCAUGGGCUCCGAUGUGGGCGAGUUAUUUGUGCGAGCUCUACAGCAAGGAUCGAUUGAAAUAACUCGAGUCAAGAUUGUCAUCGUGGGCAAGGACAGAACGAGGAAGCCGUCUUUCAAACGAUCCUUGCUCAAUGAAAAGUUCCAGGUAUGUGAAGCGAGCACACCCGUGGCUAAGGCAGAAGUGGCCAUUUGUGAAGCAUGCAACUGGAGUGCUUUGCAUGACAAAGGCCAGGAAUUUUUGGACAGACAAAUAGCUAGAGCAGCGAUCCAUGCACAGCAUGCUUCUAAGGUAAACGAGGCAGGUAGUAAAGGUGCCGACAAAAGUGGCAAUGAAGAUGGACAAACUGCAAACGGUCAAUCUGGCACAAACGCAAGCAAGCCAAGUGAAGUGCCUGCAUCGAGUCAAGUUACCGCAAUCAAGACAAAGACAGACAAAUUAGACAAAGCAGCUGCAUCAAUUGGUGAUGCCAAAAGCAACACGAGCAACGACAAACUGGACAAAGCCAUUUUUCUGACUGAAGGAAUCAGUCAUGCUAUAAAGCAGUUUCAAAGUGAUCCCGAUAUCCUGAAGCAAGAAGAAUCAAAUGUUUACCAUACCAUCUGGGAUUUAGGAGGUCAGGAACUCCUACUUUCUGGUCAACAAGAAGCCAUCAAACCAUGA